AUGUAUAACGUACCACCAACUAGCGUCAGCACCGUUAGACGAUGUAGCGUAUCUGUGACUCUGGUAUACCAAGCAUAUUUAGACAUGAUUCUUCGUGGUUCUUCCUCUCUGUUGUUCUUGUCCUGUAGUUGUAUAAGUCAACUUUUGCAGAAAGUGCUCCUUUGA